AUGAGUCAAGAUAAACGAAUCAUAGAAAUUAUCAAAACCCCAUUAAACUUAUCAAAGAAAUUCACGAAAACUCGGCAUCAAGCACGAGAGCAUCUCACCUUACAAUCUCAAACUCAUUCAAAGAAGUAUUUUCAAAUCAAGAAUCAAUUUAUAAAAUACCAUCCAUCACAAACCCAUCAACUAGUCCAAGUUCAUUGCCUAAAUCCACUUUAG